AUGAUCGGACUCGUUGCCAUUAUUGCCGUAAUUACAUUUUUGGGUGUCAAAUGGUACAAAAGUGCCUUUCAACGACCCGCAAAAAAUUUCCCACCCGGACCACCUAGCCUGCCAAUAUGGGGUGCUUACUGGAUCGUCCUGGCGCGAGAGUUCAACAACUUGGGGGGAUCUAUAAGAAAACUAGCUCUAUACUACAAAACUACUGUCGUAGGAAUGUACCUAGGAAAUUUCCCUACGAUAGUCAUAGAUGAUCCAAAAUUAAUUAGAGAAGGCCUAAAUAAUCCGGAUUUGGACGGCCGCAAUGACAUUUUCGUAGCGCGGUUACGCUCGUAUUUGAAGAUAUUUGGUAUAUUUUUCACCGAUGGAUACUUUUGGCAUGUCCAAAGACGAUUCACUUUCCGCAACCUAAGAGAUUUUGGAUUCGGAAGGAGAGCAGAAAGUUUGGAAGCAGUUAUAGCCAACGACACUAAGGAAAUGAUCGACAUGGUCAUUUACGGCCCUAAGAACGAACAUGAGAAAAAAAUAGUAAACGGCGACCUCAUAUACCUACCACACUACUUCGACGCGCCUUCAAUAAAUGGUAUGAUGCACAUUUUCACAAGAACUGUCUUCCCCCGAUCUGAAUACAAAAAAAUUUGGGACUUGGGCAGAAUGACCAUGAUGUUUCAACGAGGAACCAAUGAUUUUGGAGGAUCUUUAUCACUUACCCCAUGGCUGAAAGAUGUUCUGCCUAACUACAGUGGUUACAAAGACCUACGUAAAUCAAGUCUUUAUUUGUUAAAUUUCUUCACGGACAUUAUCAAUGACGCCAAAAAGAACCACGAUCCUUCCCACGACCGUCAUUUUAUUGACACUUAUUUGCGACAAAUGAACGAAGAAAGGAAAAAGACUGAACGCAGCACAUUCUCAGAUGAUCAGUUUAAAUUAGUGUUGACUGACUACAUGAUUCCCGCCGCUUCUGCAUUUGCUACAGUGUUGACACUAUUGGUCGAGAGAAUCUUACAUCAUCCAACAGUUCAGGACAAAAUUCACGAGGAAAUUGACAGGGUAGUUGGUCGCGACCGUCUUCCCACGUUGGACGACAGGAAAAAUAUGCCGUACACUGAAGCAUGUAUUCGCGAGGUAAUGAGAGUGGAAACAUUAGUGCCUCUUGGAAUACCUCACCGUGCCAUGAAAGACGUAAAGCUCGACGGUUAUGAUAUCCCACAGAACACUAUCGUUACCUUUAACUACCCAACUUUACACAACGACAAGGAACUGUGGGGCGACCCAGAAAACUUUAGGCCAGAACGUUUCAUCGUAAAUGGGCAGUUAGACUUGUCCAAAGAUAAAUCUCUACCAUUCGGAGCAGGUGGGAGAUUGUGUCCCGGCGAAACUUUUGCCCGUCAAGGAAUGUUCCAAGUUUUCGCUGGUUUCAUGCAGGCGUUCACCAUUUCCACAGCAGACGGAAAACCAAGGAAAAUAGAACCAAAAAUUCAAGGACUCAUCACAAAUCUUCCCGACUUCUGGAUUCGAGUCAAACCACGAAAUUAUGCGCACUCACAUUCG